ACCAUUUCAGAAAACUGACACGCCAAAAGCACUUAUGACAACAAAAUCACCCGAGAUAUGGUUGCUUUGUUAGCCCAGAAGAUGGCAUUACUGUAAUAUCUUCUAACCAAAGGGAUAAUCUCGAUUCCUCAAUUUACUCUUUUGUCCUCGAACGUUUCCGCUUCCUCGCUUCCUAUAAAAUGAGCCCCACAGUCCUCUUCACUCCCCUCCACCGCAUUUAUCCCUUAGUACCUGUCCUUUUCAAUUCUCCUCCAUCUCCAUUUUCUCUCUGUUAAUUUUUCUAGGGUUUUUUUCUUCUCUGUUCUCUGAGCGUUUGAUUUUGGUAGCGAUGGCUGAGGAAAUCGUUAAGAACGGUGAUGCUGUGGAGGAGGUUGUGAAGGAAGUAAAGUUAUCGGCGACGGUGAAGCCUCGUCUGUAUCUGGAGGCACCCAAGGCGAACGACGCCGUUCAGUUCUUCAAGGCGGCGUUCGGAGCCGAGGAGGUCAACCGUGUUGUGUAUCCCAAGAGGAAGGCUGACCAGGAGUUCCCUCUCCUUCUGUCCGCUGAACUCAAGCUUGGUUCCUCCGCCUUCCUCGUCUCCGACUUCGUCGCCGACGACUCUGCUUGCCCAGUGAAAGCUGUGACAACUGGAUUUGUGUUUUCCAUGGAGACUGAGGACGUUGACGCUGCUGUGGAGAAAGCUGUGAAGGCUGGGGCAACCUCUGAGGGUGUCACUGAACUGGGUUGCGGUACUCGCAUGGCUAAAGUCCAAGAUCCCUACGGCAAUACCUGGCUGGUUUCCCCCUUUGCUGCUCCUGCUGCCAAGGAGUCCACUGAAGCAGCCGAGGCUUAGAACCAUGGCAUUUCUGUUGGCUGCCUUUAGUGCUACUUUUCUGUUAAUGUUCUUCUCUCUAUAGUCUAUUCUAUAUCUGGUGCAGUAACCUAACAAUCACCGCCUUUUGAUAUCUCCUCCUGAACUUUCAGUAGUAUCGAUCAGUAGUAGUAGUAAGUAACAUUUGGUAAUUGGGCAUCUUUUUGUUAAGAGGCAAAAGAUUUGGUACAACGAUGAGAUUUUGAAUCAGCUUGUGAUCUAUCUGAAAGACAUUUGGUUAGGAUUGGUUCACUCUAAUGGUAUGUUAUCAAUAUGGUCUAGUAAAAACAGGCCUUUUUAGGCUUCAUUGUGAUGUUGCCUUCCAAGUUUACGCUCUUCUUCCGUGUGUGUGUGUGUGUUUUUUUGAUUACUCUGCUUUUUAUAUUUUUUACCCUUUGAAGACUGAAGUCAUGCCUUGAAUAUCGCGUUGGUGAAAUGAUGGUAGUAGUAAUUUUCAGUACUACUUUAUUUUCUUAUUAGUAUUGGUUAGCACCCACUCUAUCCAUAUUAAUACUACCUUGGGAGUUGGAACUAAAAUAAAGGCCUUUCUAGCCUUCUAGGUGGCGUGUUGGUG